AUGGAUGGAUCCAAUCAGUUAACUAUUGAUGAUGAUAAUAAUAAUGUCGUACGAAUAUCACAAAAAACAAUUGAUAAAGUUGUAACUGGUAUAAAAAUACAUUAUGGUAAUGCAAUUACACGUGAAGAAAUAAACGCGUUAUUAAAUGAUAUCAGUUACAGUGAUAUCAGUGAUCACUCACACCCACACUCUCAAGAACAACAACAUAAUGAACGGGAUGGAGUAGUAUUAGUACAUGAAAAACAUUUCGCAGCAGCGAUGAUAGGUGCUGAGCCAUCAAUACGUCGUGAUGAAAUUCUGAAAGAUGAAAUCAUCACGGGUGUAGUCAAACAUCUACGUAACUUAAGUCAACCACAACAAUUACAAGAUAAUGCUGGUGAUAAUUGGUGGUCGAAAUUAAUCUGGUGA